CCAUGUUAUAACUUUGGCACAAAAUUUUAUUACCUUUUUUUUAUAUUCAAACAACAUAUUGUAAUGGAGUUUUCUACAUGUUUUUCGUUCAUCACAGGCUUAAUCUUAAUGCUUUUGCAGCUGUUGUUGUGGAAUAGAAGCUUGUAUGCUAAGGGAUGCUAUACGUCCAUCUUUAGCUUUGGUGACUCCCUGGCCGACACGGGUAAUGUUAAACAACUCGCUGCCAUAUCCCACAUGGAAGUUCAGACUCUUCAGUUUCCUUAUGGUGAAACCUUCUUUCAUGAACCCACUGGUCGUGCCUCCAACGGACGCCUCGUCAUCGAUUUCCUGGGAAUAAAGUUAUUCAUGUUCUAUGUGAAUUAAUGACUUUACAUUUUCUUGCUGUUCGUGAACCUGAGAGUCUUGGGUUGCCACUAAUACCACCGUUUCUGCAUGAUAAUGAGAGUGACAAUAUGGUGGCGUUGGGACCAUGAGUUAAUUAUGCAGUCGUGGUAGCAAUAGCAUUGGAUACAUCAUUUCAUGAAACAAGAGGGAUUGUUGGUCCUACAGCAAACAUAUCUUUAGGAGAUCAAUUGACAUGGUUUAAGCGAUCAUUGGCUUCUAUUUGCAGCAACGCUUCUGGUAAUGACACAUUAAGUCAUUGUGAUA